CCAAAUAAAUGUAUUUUCUUUAUAAAGUAUCGAUCUGUGGUAUUCUGUUAUAGCAGCAGAAAACAAACUAAGACAUUCUUCCAAUAAAAACUAAUCCUGAAAUAAGAGAUUUUUACGCUGUAGUUAGAAACUGAAAUUCCCUGAAGAAUAUUUCCUUAGAAAUCAGCUUUGUUAUCCCACUAAGUUUUAUAUUUGAAAAAGUAUUAACAGAAAUUCAACUUAAAAAUUGCUGAACAAAGCUUCCAGUUCUAGGUGCUUCAGGAGCCACGGCUUAAGGUGCAGACAUGGCCAAGUCCAAGAACCACACCACACACAACCAUUCCCGCAAAUGGCACAGAAAUGGUAUAAAGAAACCCCGAUCACAAAGAUACGAAUCUCUUAAGGGAGUGGACCCCAAGUUCCUGAGGAACAUGUGCUUUGCCAAGAAGCACAACAAGAAGGGCCUAAAGAAGAUCCAGGCCGACAAUGCCAAGGCCAUUAGUGCACGUGCUGAGGCUAUGAAGGCCCUCGUAAAGGAGGUUAAGCCCAAGAUCCCAAAGGGUGGCAGCAGCAAGCUCCAACGACUUGCCUACAUUGCCCACCCCAAGCCUAGGAAGCGUGCUUGUGCCCACAUUGCCAAGAGGUUCGGGCUGUGCUGGCCAAAGGCCAAGGCCAAGGAUCAAACCAAGGCCCGAUCAACUCCAGCUUCAGUUCCGGCUCAGGUUCACAAAGGUGCUCAGGCCCCUACAAAGGCUUCAGAGUAGGUAUCUGUCUGCCAACGUGAGGACAGAAGGACUGGUGCAACCUGCCCGGGCUGCCAUCUGCAUGGGGCUGGGGUCCUCACCUCCUGUGCUAUUUGUAAAAAGUAUUAACAGAAAUUCAACUUAAAAAUUGCUGAAUAUAGCUUCCGGUUCUAGAUGCUUCGGGAGCCACAGCUUAAGAAAAAGAAGAAAAAAAAAAUCACUAAAUAUAGGCAUCACAAACUAACAAAUGAGGACUUUGAAUUAGAAGAAAAGAAAAACUGAGUUUCUGCCCCAAUCCUAUUAUUAUUAAUUAGCUAUUUCAACUUGAAUAAAGCACUUCACCUCUCUGAGCUUCAAUUUCUCAAGUAUAUAAAGUUGUUAGACAUUGGAUGAUAAGAUUCAUUCUAGCCUGGUGCAAUGGCUCACGCCUGUAAUCCCAGCACUUUGAGAGGCCGAGGCAGGUGGAUCAC